AAACCGCCUUGCACGCCCAGCAAAGCAAUUCGCUGCCACCACAUCCACAAUGCUGACCCGUGUUCUCCGUUCACGCAGCGCCUUGCGUACAUCCGCCCCCCUUUUCCGCGCCUCUUAUGCUUCGACCGCGACCACCUCAAACCAAGCGCCCGCCAACGACCCGGUAUCGCGAGAUGUCAAGCCAAACGUAUCUGCAACCAAUGCAACGCCCACAUCUUCGGAGGGGUCCUUCGACAAGGUCCUACAGGAGAGCGUACAAAAGGGAGAACAAUUGAGGACGGAGCAGGCGCCCAACCGCAAGGGCAUUUGGAGCAGGAGCCAGAACCCUCGAGAGGUUGCUAUGAGUGGACCGAGGUUCGAGCAGAGUAUUAUGGAAGAUCAGCCCCGUCCUUACGCUGCCAUUGAUCUUAUUCACAAGCAACCCGUGCGCUGGACCAAUGAGCGUGUUGUUUCCUGCGAUGGAGGAGGCGGUCCUCUCGGACACCCAAGAAUCUUCAUCAAUGUGGACAAACCCCAGAUCUGCAUGUGCACAUAUUGUGGUCUCCCAUUCGCCCACGAGCACAACAGGGCGCACCUCGAGUCCCUCCCUGCAUCAGAGCUCUCAUACCCACUUGCACCUUCGGGCGACGUAGCCGAAGUCCCCGAGUCCCAGAGAGUUACAGACGAGCCCCUCGGGCAACGGUGAAGCACGUAUUGCUGAGACCACAUCAGAGAUGGGGACUGCGUAUAGGUAUUGCAAGUAAGGUGUGAGUGUUCAAUGUAAAAACGAAGUCUCAAACAUUGCGAUUACUCUAUGAUGUUGCACGUCUUGAACAGCUUUCCGGCCCUUUUCUGCUAUCUGCGUAGUACUGGAAACAUCCAAGUAUAACUUGGCUAAUGACGAAGAAUGGCUGCUCUU